AGCCCCGUCUCCUAUUUACAGAUUUCGAUUCGGACAGCGGAGGUUAACAUUCCACUCCAUUUGCCCUGUCGUUUGUGUGCCCUCAAUCAACAUACAGAUUUACAACCUUCAUUUAACCAAACCUUCAGCCCGAACCACGCGCCUCAAACGGAUGAACAGGACACUUCCACAUAUCCCUCUGAGCAUCCCUCUUUAUUCAGCAUGGCAAAUCGAGUGGCAGAACGCAUAGGAUCCGCGACCAAUGAAGUCGAAAAUUUAAAUCUCGACGAAAAAAUCAUUAGCCCGAGCCCGCCGGAACUGAAUAAUCUCAAGGAAACUCUGGAUGAGAAUGAGGCAAGUAAUGACGUGGAGCGGGCAAGACUUCUGUACCACUCCCGCGAAGAGAUCACAGCUUCGCCAAAAGCUGUCAGCUCUGCCAGGCUCGCCGUGCUCUGGAUGGUCUUAAAUACAGUAGCUACUAUCAGCAUCGUCUUUACGAAUAAGGCCAUUUUCUCCGAGCCUUCAUUAAAGCUAGCACAGCUUACAUUUGCUGCAUUUCAUUUCACAAUUACCUGGCUCACGCUCUACGUCCUGUCCCGCCCUCGAUUCUCUAUGUUUAUGCCAAAGAAAGUGACUAUUAGGGAAAUAAUCCCACUUUCUGUGGUCAUGGGACUAAACGUCAUCCUACCGAACCUUUCAUUGGCCUUUUCAACUGUAACCUUUUAUCAAGUCGCUCGUAUCCUGCUUACUCCGACGGUCGCGCUCAUGAAUUAUAUUCUCUAUAAAUCCACCCUCCCGAGAAAUGCAAUACUUGCUCUCAUCCCUGCAUGUUUGGGCGUUGGAAUGGUCUCAUAUUACGAUUCAAAGCCAAGUUCUGAUGCUACUGUUAAGACUACGAGCUACUUAGGCGUCUUAUUUGCUUGCACAGGAAUAUUUGCCAGCUCUUUGUACACGGUGUGGAUUUCUAGCUACCAUAAGAAGCUGAAAAUGGAUAGCAUGCAACUACUAUUCAACCAAACACCAUUGGCCGCCUUUAUGCUCUUAUUCGUGAUCCCUUUUGUCGAUGUUUUCCCAGUCUGGACUGAGGUACCUGUCAAUAAGUGGCUCCUCAUUAUGAUGUCGGGAUUUUUCGCUUGUUUGAUCAACAUUUCUCAAUUUUUUAUCAUCGCACAGACUGGACCAGUCUCUAGCACAGUUGUGGGUCACGUAAAGACCUGCUCUAUUGUCGCAAUUGGAUGGAUCAUAUCUGGUCGUGCACUAGGCGAUAAGGCUUUGGUUGGUGUCUUUAUCGCAAUUUUGGGUAUAAUCACCCUACCAAACCCCCAGCCUUUGAUUUCAAAGGUACCAAAAAUAUCGAAUACAUUAAAGCAUCUCUACAUAUAA